UGCUACCACAGCAGGCUUCAGAUCCACUCAGUGCUCCUCAGAGUGGUGGAAGGAUAUACAAUACAGCCAACUUCAGUGGCUAGAGAGAUUUUACAAAAGCAGCCAAGAUGUGUGACAUGGGAGGUCUGGACAAUUUGAUAGCCAACACGGCUUACUUGCAAGCCAGGAAAAGCGUGGAUGGCGACGCCAAAGAAAUGCUAAAGAGGCGCAGGAGCCUGUCCCUUCCCAGCCCCGAUCAGUGUGCGGAAAUGAGACAGAAGAUCUGCGUUGAGUUUGAAAGUGUCUGUGAGCAGCAGCCCAUAGGGAAAAGGUUUUUCAGACAGUUCACGCAGACAGUCCCUGAGUAUCAGACUGCUGUCGCCUUCCUGGAUGAGCUGAAUAACUGGGAGCUGGCAGAGAAUACCGGGAGAGACAACCUGCGCCAGAACAUUGCCACCAGCUUCCUCAAACCGGACUCCAAGAACUUCAUCUCUUACAUGAGCGGAGAGGUAGCUGAAAAGUGCAAAAAUGUGACUGAAAAAGACUUUGAGGAGGUCAUGGCACUGGCCAAAGAGGAGACCAAGAAGUUUCUUAUGGGCAAACCCUUCCAGGAGUUCCAAAGUAGUGGCUUCUUUGAUAAGUUCAUGCAGUGGAAAGUAUUCGAACGGCAGCCAAUUACUGAGAAAUAUUUUUAUGAGUUCAGGAUUCUGGGGAAAGGAGGAUUUGGAGAGGUCUGCGCUAUCCAAGUAAAGGUUUCUGGACAGAUGUACGCUUGCAAGAAACUGGACAAGAAGAGAUUAAAAAAGAAAAAAGGAGAUAAGAUGGCCCUGCUGGAGAAAGAGAUCUUGGAGAAAGUCAACAGCCCCUUCAUUGUCAAACUGGCGUACGCUUACGAAUCCAAAACCCAUCUCUGUUUGGUGAUGAGUCUCAUGAAUGGAGGCGAUCUGAAAUACCACAUUUACAACAUCGGGGAAAGAGGUAUAGAAAUGAACCGUGCCAUCUAUUACACAGCCCAAAUAACAUGUGGCAUCUUGCACCUGCAUUCAAUUAAUAUAGUCUACAGAGAUAUGAAGCCAGAAAAUGUACUUUUGGAUGACAAUGGGCAAUGCAUGUUAUCUGAUUUGGGUUUGGCAGUUGAAAUUAAAGAAGGAAAACAAAUCAACCAGAAGGCUGGGACCAGUGGUUACAUGGCUCCAGAAAUCCUGAAUGAAGAGAACUAUACCUACUCCGUGGACUGGUUUGCCUUGGGCUGCAGUAUCUAUGAGAUGAUCGCCGGCCGGACCCCUUUCAAGGAUUUCAAAGAGAAAGUCAAUAAGGACGAAGUGAAGAGGAGGUGCCUUGAGGACGAGGUGAAGUUUGAGCAUGCAAACUUCAAUGAACCCACCAAAGAUAUCUGCAAGCAGUUCCUGGUCAAGAAGGUGGAGGAGAGGUUAGGAUGCAGAGGAGCAAAUGAUGACCCGAGGAAGCACCCAUGGUUUAAAUCCAUCCAAUUUCAUCGUUUGGAAGCUGGUCUUGUAGACCCACCCUUUGUGCCAGACCCCUCUGUUGUCUAUGCAAAGGAGAUUGGGGACAUUGCAGAUUUCUCUGAAAUACGAGGCAUCGAGUUUGAUGACAAAGACAAGAAAUUCUUCAAGAGGUUUGCAACAGGAGCCGUCCCUAUCCCCUGGCAGGAGGAGAUGAUUGAAUCAGGCCUGUUUGAUGAACUGAACGAUCCCAGCAAGGCGAUGGCUGCAGAUACUGGGGAAAGCAAAUCAGGUGUCUGCUUGCUUCUUUAAAAGACAGAGCCUCAGUAAAGAAGGACUGACCACCACCAUUUAAAAAAAAAAUGUUUGCAGUUAGGGUUUGUGACGAAGACCCCGUUCAGAAAAUGUGUGCGACAGCUUGCUUGAGUUUGUUUGUCUGAGCCCCCCAAAAAUUAGCAAUGUGCUUUACAACAGGACUUGGCACUGCUGUAUUGAAUUGUGUAAUGCAUAACUCGAGCCAGCAGAUGCCACCAGAAACUUUGGCUUCCCUAAGCUAUACUCCCAUGCAAAUGAUGCCUUUUUAACUCCUUACCUGUCUAGUCGAGAAAGCAGCUUCAGAAAGCAUCACACUGACGAUAUAUGUUGACUGCUGGAAAGCAAAUGUGUUUGGUUACACCAAAUGCUUCUGUCAAAGGCGUUGAAUGUCUAGUAGUUAAUCGUAUUUCAUAGUUAACAAGCUGUUGUGUGUAAAUGGACAAAAGUGACUUCUAUUGACAGAGUCCUUCCAAGCUUUUAAACAGUGUUUUCAGAAGUGCUUUAAAAAUAAAAUAUGUUUGUAAUUA